CCCCCCUGGAAAAAUGCCACCCUAGGCAAAUGCCUUGUUUGCCUUGUGGUAAAUACACCCCUGCCACCACCCCUCUGUCCAAGUAUACCGUGUCCACAGACACCCCUCUGUCCAAGUAUACCGCAUCCACCACCGACCCCUCUGUCCAAGUAUACCACGUCCACAGACACCCCUCUGUCCAAGUAUACCACGUCCACAGCCACCCCUCUGUCCAAGUAUACCACGUCCACAGCCACCCCUCUGUCCAAGUAUACCACGUCCACAGCCACCCCUCUGUCCAAGUGUGACCCCCUGGGCUAGUCACACUCUGUCCAAGUAUACCACGCCCACCGCCACCCCUCUGUCCAAGUAUACCACGCCCACCGCCACCCCCUCUGUCCAAGUAUACCGCGUCCACCGCCACCCCCUCUGUCCAAGUAUACCGUGUCCACCGCCACCCCUCUGUCCAAGUAUACCGUGUCCACCGCCACCCCUCUGUCCAAGUAUACCGUGUCCACCGCCACCCCUCUGUUCAAGUCUACCACGUCCACCGCC